AUGUGCCACUUUCAGGUCUCCUCACACUGCUGGUGUGUUCCAUUUUUUGACAUAGGGUGCUGGCAGAUUACGGGCCUCCCAUAGCUGCUGCCAGGCCCCUAAUCUGCCAUGGGCCCCUAUAGCGCCUCCUCAUGCUGCUGCCAGGUCCAUAGUGUCUCAUGGGUCCCUGUACGGCCUCCCAUUGCUGCUGUCUCCAUCGCCACACUCUGCCAUGUGCCACUUUCAGGUCUCCUCACACUGCUGGUGUGUUCCAUUUUUUGUCAUAGGGUGCUGGCAGAUUACGGGCCUCCCAUAGCUGCUGCCAGGCCCCUAAUCUGCCAUGGGCCCCUAUAUACCGCCUCCUCAUGCUGCUGCCAGGUCCAGAGUCUGUCAUGGGUCCGUGUACGGCCUCCCAUUGCUGCUGUCUCCAUCGCCACACUCUGCCAUGUGCCA